UAUAAGCAAAUUUCUUCUUAGUAAAAUGCCUUUUACUAAGUAAUUUUUCUAACCUUUCAGCAUUCUCUAGCAUAAUUUCUCUAGCAUUUCCCUUUCAUGUUUGUUUACAUUAUUCCCAAGUCCUCAUAACUCAGUACAGAUUGGUAUUAGAUUAACUAUACUAGGCAGAAGGCACAGAGUGUUCUAGAUUCUGUCUUGGUUUUGCCUGAAUACUUCUGUGCUUUAUUUAUUCCUUCUAUUCUUUGUUGAAUAAUAAUAAAUUUUGAUACUUAUUUGCUCUUAAGUGGGAGAAUUUAUGGAUUUGGGGGCCAACACUGACAAGAUCUGAGUGUUGCCUUUGUGUCUUUCUUAUGGCUCAGGAUUUGCUUGGGGUGGCAGUGACCAUUAAAUAUGAAUUUGAUAUUAGCUAGAGAAAUGUCUGAGUCUGGAAUGCUUCAUCUAGGAUUGGAAAUUGUUUGUCUAACGGAAUUGUUUCUCCAUCUAGAGUGCUGUAUAGCUGUGAAUUAAGAUGAGCUCCAUGUUCCGGUGCCACUGAGGACUUGCAUCCAAAAUCUGUCAUAAUCCAAUAAUAAAAUCUGUCAGUUUUGCUGUGUGGAGUAAUACAACAGUGCAGUCCAAGCUGACGGGUGCUGGCGGAAGGGGCUGGCUCUAUCUCAACUACAGCAGUGCAGAGGCGAUUACUGGGCUUUGAAAAAAUUUUGUCCUCUUCCAUCCCACCCCCUUUUGUCUCCACAGCAGUGGGAAGGCAGCAGCAGCCAGGAGAGGGAGGAGAGCGCUGGACGCUGCGCAGAACGGAGGGAGGAGUAGGAGACGGGAAUGCAUAAUGCGUGAGUGACAGAGGGUGUGCAGACGGCUGUCGGAGUCCAGAAGACGUGGAUGUUCCUUUCCCAGAGUCCAGGGAUGCUCUCUGCUUCUUUACUAGUUUAUUUGCUUUCAGCAUUACUCAUUCAUUUCACAUCUGGAGAAACAGAAGUGAAGUUCAGUGGACAAACAGAAUUUGUAGUCAAUGAAACAAGUACAACUGUUAUACGUCUUGUAAUUGAAAGGACAGGAAAGCCUGCUAACAUCACAGCAAUUGUGUCGAUUGAUGGAGAAAACACAGGAGACUUUUUUGACACAUAUGCAGCUGCAUUUAUACCUGAUACAGAAACAAACCGAACAGUAUAUAUAUCUGUCUGUGAUGAUGAUCUUCCAGAGGCUGAUGAGACAUUCAUAUUUCACUUGACACUACUGAAACCAUCUGCAAGGAUAAAACUUGGCUCACCCAAAUCUGUCACUGUAACAAUCUUAUCAAAUGACAAUGCCUUUGGAAUAAUUUCUUUUAACAUGUCUGCUUUAAUCACAGUGAAUGAGCCUAGGGGCAGAAAUGAAUUUCUGCAUCUCACUCUAAUUAGGGAGAGAGGAACCUACGGGACGGUCGUUGUAACUUUUGAGAUAGAAGAUGGACCAAACUCAGCUGAAGAAGACUUAAGUCCAGCCAGAGGAAAUAUUACAUUUACCCCUGGGAGAUCAGUGUUAAUUUAUAAUUUAACUGUGCUUGAUGAUCAGGUACCUGAAAAUGAUGAAAUCUUUGUUGUUUGUCUGAAGAGCGUGAAGGGAGGGGCUGAAAUCAACAACACAAAAAAUUCUGUUUGGAUUAAUAUUAGGAAAAAUGACAGUCCCGUGCAUUUUGUUCAGCAUGCUUAUAUAGUGCCUGAGGAAGAUGAAGUGGUAACAAUCCAAGUGGUUCGUGGUAAGGAUGUCAGUGGAAAAUUAAUUGGACCUGAUGAAGAUGAAGUCUCUGUUAGUUACGCCAUCAUAACUGGGGAUUCAACUGCACAUGCACAGCUUAAUGUAGACUUCCUAGAUCUACAGCCAAAUACAACUCUUGUUUUCCCACCUCUAGUUCACGAAAUAUAUUUGAAAUUUAAAAUCCUUGAUGAUGCCAUACCUGAAAUUGCUGAGACUUUUCAGAUUAUGCUUCUUAAAGACACUUUGCAGGGAGAUGCUGUUUUGAUUUAUCCAUCUGUUGUUCAUGUCACUAUCCAGCCGAAUGAUAAACCCUAUGGAGUGCUGUCAAUCCACAGAGUUCUGUUAGCUCAAACUGUUAUCGUUGAUGAAGACCAAAUUUCAAGGUUUGAAGGUAUCAAAAUUGUAAGAAAUGGUGGAACACAUGGAAAUGUUUCUGUUUCCUGGAUUAUAAUCCGAAAUAGCAGUGAUCCUUCACCUGUGAGUACAGACCUACUUCCAGAGGCAGGGGAGAUAGGUUUUGAUCAAGGACAGAUGCUGGUGACACUUCCUCUGAACAUUAUUGAUGAUGAUAUACCAGAAGAGGCAGAGCCUUAUCUUCUGAAACUCCUAGGUCAUACAAUACAGGGAGGUGCAGAAGUCGGCGACCCAUCUGAGCUUCUAUUUUACAUUCAGGACAGUGAUGAUGUUUAUGGCCUAAUAAAAUUCCAUCCUCUGGAGAAUCAGAAGAUUGAAAGUAAUCCAAAGGGACGCUUUUUAUCCUUGAGUUUUUCACGGGAAAGAGGAACAGUUGGAGAUGUGCAGUUGGUUUAUACUGCAAUGUACAUUCCAGCUGGAGCUCUGGAUCUUGAGAGAGCAAAAGGUGGCAUUCUAAAUAUGUCUAGAAGAAGUACUCUCAUCUUUCCAGAAGGAAAAGCACAAACUACUGUAAAUAUACCUAUACGAAAUGAUGCAUUUCUUCAAAAUGGAGCUCAUUUUGUAAUACAGCUGGAAAAAGUUGAGCUGCUGAAUAGAAUUCCUCUUGUGCCACCCGUGAGUCCUAGAUUAGGUGAGAUUCGAAAUAUUUCUUUGAGGAUUACUCCAGAUAUUGCAAAUGGGGAAAUAGGCUUUACUAGCAAUCUUCCAAUUAUUCUUUCUGAGCCAGAAGAAUUGCCUGCUACAGUGGUUCCCAUUGCAUUGCAUCGAGAUGGGACUGAUGGUCAAGCAACAGUGUUUUGGAGUUUGAGACCCUCUGGUCCUAAUCACAAGGCAGUAACACAGGAUGAUAUAAGUCCUUUUAAUGGCUCUGUUGUUUUCUUAUCUGGACAAAGUGAUACUACAAUCAACAUUACUAUUAAAGCUGAUGAUAUACCUGAAAUUAAUGAAACCGUGUUAUUAACUUUGGACAGGUAUUGUACCCUAACCUUUAUUCAUAUUAUUCACUUUUUCUACUCAAU